GGGGCGAGCGAUCUGUGCUCGGGGCCCGAUCCGCUCGAUUCCUACCCGGGCGGGUGGCUUGGUGCCGCGCGGCGGCGGCCGGGGGGCGCAGGCGGCGGGGGCGCCGCGAUCUGAAACCCUAAGUGGUGGUGGUAGCCGCCGGCGGCGGCGGCGCCGGGUGGGGCCGGGAUGGACGCGAGGUUCCCGUACUCGCCGGCCGAGGUGGCCAAGGUCCAGCUCGUGCAGUUCGGCAUCCUCAGCCCCGACGAGAUCAGACAAAUGUCGGUGAUUCAGAUAGAACACGCAGAGACCAUGGAGAGGGGGAAGCCGAAGCCUGGUGGGCUCAGUGACCCUCGAUUGGGGACUAUUGACCGGAAAAUCAAGUGCGAGACAUGCAUGGCAGGGAUGGCGGAGUGUCCAGGCCACUUUGGACACCUUGAGCUUGCCAAGCCCAUGUUCCACAUCGGCUUCAUUAAGACUGUGCUCUCCAUUAUGCGCUGUGUCUGCUUUAACUGCUCCAAGAUCCUCGCGGAUGAGGAUGAUACCAAAUUUAAGCAGGCUCUGAAAAUCCGGAAUCCAAAGAAUAGAUUGAAGAGAAUAUAUGAUGCUUGCAAGAGCAAAAAGGUCUGUGCAGGUGGCGAUGACCUUGAUGUUCAGGAGCAGCAAGACACUGACGAGCCUGUUAAGAAAAGAGGUGGUUGCGGUGCUCAGCAGCCAAAUAUUACAGUUGAUGGUAUGAAGAUGGUUGCAGAGUUUAAAGCUCCAAAGAAGAAAACUGAUGAUCAAGAUCAGCUCCCUGAGCCAGUGGAACGAAAGCAAAUCCUCUCAGCUGAGAGGGUCCUUAAUGUUCUUAAGCGUAUAAGUGAUGAGGACUGUCUUCUGUUGGGUCUGAAUCCCAAAUUUGCCCGUCCUGAUUGGAUGAUACUUCAGGUUCUUCCGAUUCCUCCACCCCCUGUUAGACCAUCUGUCAUGAUGGACACUUCUUCCAGAAGUGAGGAUGAUUUGACGCAUCAAUUAGCUAUGAUAAUACGGCAUAAUGAGAACUUGAGGAGGCAAGAAAGAAAUGGCGCUCCAGCUCACAUUAUAACAGAGUUUGCUCAGCUAUUGCAAUUUCAUAUUGCGACGUACUUUGAUAAUGAACUUCCUGGCCAACCCAGGGCCACACAGCGUUCUGGAAGGCCUAUCAAAUCAAUUUGCAGCAGGCUGAAAGCAAAAGAAGGCCGCAUUAGAGGAAACUUGAUGGGAAAGCGUGUUGAUUUCUCAGCCCGUACUGUUAUCACACCAGAUCCAAAUAUAAACAUUGAUGAAUUAGGAGUGCCAUGGAGUAUUGCUUUGAACCUGACAUAUCCUGAAACUGUGACUCCAUAUAACAUCGAGAGGUUGAAGGAACUUGUGGAAUAUGGGCCUCACCCUCCCCCAGGGAAGACAGGCGCAAAGUACAUUAUCAGAGAAGAUGGUCAGAGGCUUGAUCUUCGAUAUGUGAAGAAAAGCAGUGAUCAGCAUUUGGAUCUUGGUUACAAGGUGGAGAGGCACCUCAAUGAUGGGGAUUUUGUUCUUUUCAAUCGGCAACCAAGCCUUCAUAAAAUGUCUAUCAUGGGGCAUCGCAUCAAAAUUAUGCCCUACUCAACUUUCCGGUUAAACUUGUCUGUCACUUCACCAUACAAUGCUGAUUUUGAUGGGGAUGAGAUGAAUAUGCAUGUCCCCCAGUCAUUUGAGACCAGGGCAGAAGUUCUAGAGUUAAUGAUGGUGCCAAAAUGCAUUGUCUCUCCACAAUCAAAUAGGCCUGUCAUGGGUAUUGUGCAGGACACACUGCUUGGGUGUCGAAAAAUUACUAAAAGGGACACUCUCAUUGAAAAGGAUGUAUUUAUGAACAUCUUGAUGUGGUGGCAAGACUUCGAUGGAAAGAUUCCUGCACCUGCCAUUUUGAAACCUAGGCCAAUUUGGACUGGGAAACAAGUUUUUAACUUGAUUAUUCCUAAGCAAAUAAAUUUAAUUCGGUUUUCAGCCUGGCAUUCUGAAACAGAAACAGGAUUCAUUACUCCUGGUGAUACGAUGGUCAGGAUAGAGAAGGGAGAGCUUCUAUCUGGUACACUGUGCAAAAAGAGUCUUGGAACAGGCUCUGGAAGUCUUAUCCAUGUCAUUUGGGAAGAGGUUGGUCCAGAUGCUGCACGCAAGUUCUUAGGUCAUACACAGUGGCUUGUCAACUACUGGUUGCUUCAACAAGGUUUCAGUAUUGGAAUUGGGGAUACUAUUGCAGAUGCGGCCACCAUGGAAAAGAUUAACGAGACAAUUUCUAAAGCUAAGAAUGAGGUGAAGGAGCUUAUCAAACAAGCACAUGAGAAUCAUUUGGAAGCUGAGCCAGGACGCACCAUGAUGGAAUCAUUUGAAAAUAGAGUGAACCAGGUUCUUAACAAGGCUCGUGAUGAUGCUGAGGGCAGUGCGCAGAAGAGUUUGUCUGAAAGCAACAAUUUGAAGGCUAUGGUCACUGCAGGCUCAAAAGGUAGUUUCAUUAACAUUUCACAAAUGACUGCUUGUGUCGGACAACAGAAUGUUGAGGGCAAGCGGAUACCAUUUGGUUUCAUCGAUCGAACGUUGCCACAUUUCACAAAAGAUGACUAUGGUCCUGAAAGUCGUGGUUUUGUGGAGAACUCUUACCUUCGAGGCCUGACACCACAAGAAUUCUUCUUUCAUGCUAUGGGUGGUAGAGAAGGUCUUAUUGAUACAGCUGUCAAGACUUCUGAAACUGGUUUUCUUUUUUCUUGUUUGCACUGACCGUGCUUUUAAGUUUUUGAGCGUGGCAGAGUUUGAAAAUGCAUUUCGUUUUUAAUCUGCCGGUUUUUAUCAAGUGAUAUCGACAUAACGUGUACAUUCAGGAUUAAACUGGACUAACUUAGCCUCUUGAACAUUCAGGAUUAAUACUACAAAACUCAUCAUGUGGAUUUA